CUGUCAGUUUCAGAGAAGCCGCAGCCCCUGGUCUAUAUGAGCCGCUGUUAUUAGGCAGUAGGAUCAGAGAGCGAAUGGGAAAAGCAAUAUAGAUUUCAAAGUGAGAUGCACCGAGCGCUGCCAGACACAGACAUGGAGGAGUGCGGGAUCUGUUGCUAUGAGUACGGGCCGGGCAGGGAAGCCCACUCGUUGGACGGCUGUGUGCACGUGAUCUGCGCGAGCUGCCUGGGGCACCUGGUGGGCAAAGACGGAACCGUCACGUGUCCAUUCUGCCGCGCGCUUUGUACGUUGCCUAGCAACCUGUUGCACCGACUGUGCGGGGGGAUAGAGAAGGUGCCGAGUCGCACGAGUUGGGUAAAGAAACUUCUCCAGCCCAAGAAGCGUCACCAAGGAAGCCGGAGAGCAGGUGAUAUCAGUAAAGUUGGAGUUAUUUGCCCGUUCUUCCUUUAAGCUGCUCCUCAAUGUGGAAUUCUAACAUUGGAGACGUCCCAGUUGGAGCCACAGGAGUGUUGUUGCAUCCCCAGCUCCAUCCUGAUUUCAUUCAUGGAAAACCAAAUGCUUCUCACAGGAGGAGACCGGCGACAUGGACUGUUGCUUGGUGGGACCUUGGAAACAGAAGUCUCUCCUGUACAUACAAAGUAUUGUAAAGACAUCGGACUCUGAUCGACCGCUGGCGGUGAUUUUUUAUUUAUAAAUGACUUUUAUUUCUGCUGAAAUAGUGAUACAAAUGUCCCAGGAAACGUACUCUGUGUAGGAUAACAUCUUUUUCUAUAAAUGCUUGCAUCAAUAUAAUUAUUAAUGACAAGCUCAUUGUUUGGCUGCCAAGCCUUGUAAAAUGAUAAACAAAUGUAUAUUUUUACAUUUUACUCCUCUGUGUAAUCUACGUUCAAAGAAGUGCAAGCAGUUAGUUAAGCCAGUCACUAAGAUCUGCUUAAAGGGCUGCUUCACCUUUAAGUUCACUUUUAGUAUGUUAUAGAAUGGCCUAUUCUAAGCAGCUUUUCCAUUAGUCUUCAUUGUUUAUCUUUCAUAG